AACAGCUGACUGUAACAUUCUUUGUUUGUCACAUUUUCUAUGAUUGCAAUGCAUAAGAAAUGAAGGAAAAUGGAACAAGGUAAGGUUCAGUUUGGUAAGAUGAUAAAUAUCUUUUGUUUUUUGAUAAAUACAAAUACAUUCUUUACUAUAAAAGUUGGCUGUUGGAAUACAAUAAUUACAUAGUCAUUUUACAUAUAUUUCAUAUUUUAAAACGAGGUUGUAGUUUGAUUUUCCAAUAUCAUCAUGUUUCAUUUCUGACAGAAAUAAGAGCUGUUGUUCUGGGGUGGCAGAAAUUUGACAAAGCGUCAGUGAUAAACAGCAUUUUAGGUGAUAAAGUUGAGCCAGAUAAAUACUUUGUGAAAUCUGUGAGGAAAGAUGGUGAAGUGAACGGAAGGAAGAUAUCUCUGAUUAAUACUCCAUGUUGGUGGGAGAAUUAUGAUUUGCAAGACUCACCAGAGGUUGUUAAACAAGAGCUGGUUUGCAGUGUUUUCCUGUGUGAACCAGGACCUCACGUCUUUCUGCUGGUCAUUAAUCUCAGUUUGCCUUUUACUGAAGAAAACAGACUCACCAUCGAGAAGCACCUUAGUCUCUUUGGUGAGAAAAUCUGGAGACACACAAUAGUGUUGCUUACACAAAGAGAUUCAGCGAGGAGCACAGAUCUUCAGCAGAUCAUACAGAGAUGUGGAGAAAGAUAUCAUGUCUUUGAUUUUGAAAAUAAAAGUGUUGGAGUCAAAGAUCUACUUGACAAGAUUGAUGAUGUUGUGGCAGCAAACAAUGCAAAGCAUUUUGAAACACAUGAUGAUGUGCUGCUUGACAUUCAGAGAAAGAGGGAUGAAAAUGAAAGAAGAGCAAAAGCCAGACAAGAAAAAGUUCAGGACAAAGGAGACCUACUGAAAGAAAUAAACGCUGUGGCUCCGCUUUCAGAAGUAAGAAUUGUUCUGCUGGGUUGGAUAAUGUCUGGAAAGAGUUCAACUGGAAACACCAUCUUCAAUCAUGAAAUAUUUCUGAUACGAAGAACUCAAAGGUGUACAAGUCACACUGGUGUCGUGAAUGGCAGAUCAGUAACUGUGUUGGACACUCCAGGCUGGUGGAAGUAUUUCUCAUGUAAAGUCAACCCAGAAAAUGCACGGGCUUCAAUCUUGGAGAGUGUAGGCCAGUCACGACAUAUGCAGUUCCCUCACGCCAUGAUCUUGGUGGUUCCUAUUGAUACUUCAUUCAAGAAUGAACAGAAAAAAAUUAUUACAGAGUAUAUGGUCACUUUUGGAGAAGAUGUCUGGAGACACACCAUAGUUCUGUUCACGUGGGGCGACAGAUUUCCAGACAUCUCAAUCGAGCAGCACAUUGAGAGUGAAGGUGAUGCUCUUCAGUGGCUGAUUCAGAAAUGCAGGAACAGAUAUCAGGUCUUUGACAACACAAACAAGAAUAACCGAGAUCAAGUCACAGAGCUGCUCCAGAAGAUUGAUGAGAUGGUGGCAGAAAACAGUCUGUUCUCCCUCAACCCUCAAUGUGCGGCAGAAGAAAACAUUCAUGACGCUGACACACAACAAGAUGAGGACAUAAGUCUGGAUGCUGACCGUGUGCUGAAGUUACUACAGCAGGAGCUUAACAACAGGUUUAAGGAGAUCAAAAGUCGACUAAAACACUUAGGGAUGGAUUUCACUGGAUGUACAGAGACCAGAAGUCGCCGUAGCAUUUCAGACCCUCUAGACUUCUCAGCUGAUGAGAAACUCAAGGAAAAGAUGAGGACAGAAGGAAGCAGAUGGGAAGCAACUUUAAUGGACACGUUCUUGAACAACCAGAAUCCUGAACCAUUGUCCGAUUUACGUGAGAAGGUGUUAGUGUGGCUUCAGAUAUGUGAUGAAUACAGCUCAACUGGAUAUAAAACAAGCUCCAACAUCAGCAAUCUAGAAGAUCCAGAGCCCAGAGACAAGACAUGAGAAACAGUUUACAGAAUAAAGCACUCUUUAAACAUGUUUCAUGUGUGUACACUUUAUAACAGAUACAAAC